ACGACGACCACGACGCACCCACGCACGAUGGCGCACGAUCCGCUCUCGAACGUCGUUACCGCGCUCGAGCGCAGCGGCAUCAUCCCGGACGUCGUCCCAGCCGCACGCAGCUUCACGCCGACGCACCUCUUCGCGGUGCUGUACCCGACAGGCACGGGCAGGGAGGUCCUGCUUGGAAACGAGUUCAGCAGAGACGAGACCUUGGACGAGCCCGUUGUGAGUUUCACGCCGAUGAGCGUUGCAUCCACUCCGGAGGAUGCAAACGCGGACCCGUCGUAUACGCUCGUGAUGCUCGACCCGGACGUGCCCUCGCGCGCGGAGCCGACGAACAGGAGUUUUCGGCACUGGGUUAUAACGGGCCUCAAGCCCCCUGCGGAGCCCGACAGCGCGAGCACGACGGCGAGCGCCGCAGCACUCGAGACCCAGCCGGCCGUCACGCCCUACCGCGCGCCCGAUCCGCGCCCAAACACAGGCGUGCACCGCUACACGUUCCUCCUGUUCACCGAGCCACCCGCAGGCGUGCAGAUUCCGCAUGACGCGCCCGAGCACCUGAACGAGCGCGAGCAGCGCCGCAAGUGGGACGUCUGGGCGUUCGCGAACAAGUACGGCCUCGAGCUCGUCGGAGCGAACUUUUUGACUGUGCGCGCCCCCGAUGCGGCAUGAACGAACACGGUAGCGCUGGAGAAUCGUUGUGGUCUGAAAUAUCAAGAAGGGGCAACAGUAUGUACAGUACUACAGCU